UCGCCUUCGCCGCUGGAGAGGAGGGGCCCCGCGCCGCCCGCGCCCCGCCUGAGCCGGUGCCUCCGGGGCAGCAAUGGCCGCCUGCGGCUGGAACGCGCUCCUGGCCGCAGCCAGGGCCAGUUUCAGAGGCUCCCAUCUCCUCGUGCACUCCAGUUCUCCAUACACUCCAGCAGUUGCUUUUGUCCAACUAGUGGAUUCUCAUUUGAACUGGACUCAUGUAAGAAACUCUGAGAACCGACCUCACUCCCCGGCUGAAGUUGUGCGAAGGUUUCACACGGCCGCCUGCCCGCGCCAGGAGCUGCGGGAUGAACUCCCCCCACCCCAGAGUGCUGCAAACCAGGGCACCAAGCCUGCGAAAACGCCGACAGAACAAGUCGUGGUGACUCCCGUGGGAAAAAAGUCUUUACGCCAAAAAGUCGUGGAUGAACUGAAACAUUAUUACAACGGAUUCCACUUGCUCUGGAUCGACACUAAGGUGGCUGCCAGGAUGGUGUGGAGGCUCUUACAUGGUCAGGUCCUCACUAGGAGGGAGAGGCGAAGGUUGCUGAGAACGUGUGCAGAUCUCUUCCGGCUGGUUCCCUUCCUGGUGUUUGUCAUCGUCCCCUUCAUGGAAUUCCUGUUACCUGUAUUCUUGAAACUCUUCCCUGAAAUGCUGCCCUCGACCUUUGAGACGGAGUCAAAAAAGGAAGAAAAGCAGAAAAAGAAAUUAAACGCAAAGCUGGAGUUAGCAAAGUUCCUGCGGGAGACCAUUGCAGAGAUGGCCAAAAGGAACAAAGCAGAUACAGGCCAAGGAAAACAAUUCUCCUCGUAUGUGCACCAGAUCCGUCACAGCGGCCUCCAGCCCAGUACCCAGGAGAUCAUACGCUUCUCCAAGCUCUUUGAGGAUGAGCUGACCCUGGAGCACUUGGAACGGCCGCAGUUGGUGGCUCUCUGCAAAUUGCUAGAGCUACAGCCCAUUGGCACCAACAACCUGCUCCGCUUUCAGCUUCUGCUGAGACUCAGAACUAUCAAGGCAGACGAUGAAAUGAUUGCCAAGGAAGGAGUCAACGGUCUAAGUGUGUCUGAACUACAGAGUGCCUGCAGAGCCCGAGGAAUGCGGUCGCUGGGUCUCUCGGAGGAGCAGCUGAAAGAGCAGCUCGGGCAGUGGCUGGAUCUGCAUUUAAAAGAGAACGUUCCACCUUCUCUGCUCCUGCUUUCCCGUGCCUUGUACUUGAUAGAUAUAAAGCCACAAUCUGUUCCAGUUCCACAGAAUAAGGCAGGUGAAACUGCUGAAGUGGUGACAUCUGUUCUUGAAGGUCAAGAGACCCUGGUGGAUCCUGCGCCCGUCAUACAGGGAAGAAAGAAUGAAGAAUUUCUGUCUCAACCAAGAGAGGAAUUGCCAGUCUCAGAAGUGUCAGUUAAGCCUCCCCCACGAGAGGCUGCGAUGGAAGCCUCUCCGGGCAGCAAGGCGGGUGCUAACGGAGUCUAGCCUGAGGCUGGGCAGGCCCUGACCUGGGAGAGAAGAGCUGUUGUCCCCAUGAUGGAGGAGGGUUCUCCAGGGGCUGUGUGACACAGGAGGGGCUCAGUCCCUCUCCUCACCCAGGCUAAGGCUGGCAGGGCCGCACUGCUCCCCUCUUGUACCGCAUCCCCUGCCCCCAGCUUAACUUCUGCUGUAAAUAUGUUAAUAACGGUGCUGCUGUCUGUGCUGUUGCUGAACUGCUGGCUGUGCUCUCCAGCAGAGGAGAGGCAGCUCUUCACUGCCGUGUGGGCCUGGGCACGGAGAGAGCUAGGCCGGGAGUCCAGUAAAGCCUCUUCUGCCGUUUGAAAUCCUCUGCAGGAACAUACACGGGGCUCACAGCUUGUCCUGCUGCCGCUGCUUUACGAGCUUGAGCUCUUGACCCUAGUUAGCACGGUUUAACCAGUAACUAGUGCACAGAAUGACCUGUGUAGCCCUUGUGUUUCGCCGUCACGUUUGCACCGAGGAGAACAGCGGCAGAGAAGGGGGACCAGCACUCCUUGGUGCCGUGGGUGAACUUGACUGUUCAGAAAGACUUUGGAACUCGCUGGGCGAGAGCCGAGCAGGGGAGAGGAGAGCUCCCCCC